AUGGGUCACGCAGCCGGGAUCAGCUGUCUAUCUCUAGCUGGCAGCGGCCGGGCACUGGUCAGCGGAUCGCUGGACGGAGUGGUCGCUGUUUGGGACAUAGUGUCCGGACUAAACCUACACAUGGUGCAUGUCACCAAGGUCGCGAUCGCCUGCGUGACAGUCUGCAGCGGUGACAAGCUAAUCGUCGUCGGCUGCGGCGACGGCAGCAUGUACACGGUUGCCAUGGAUACGGGCAAGGUAACGAGGACACUGGACGGACACCUGGAUGCGGUGUCCUGCAGCGUUGUCACGCACAACGAUGACAUCUUCAUCUCAGGUUCCAAGGACUGCCACGUGAAAAUCUGGGACAUGGAGACGUUCAAUUGUUUAAACGAGCUGAACAUCGGCAUGUCGGCGAUCAGCCACCUGGCGGUGACGGCUGACAACACGUUUCUGCUGGUGGCGUGCUGCGACAAUACGAUAGACAUUAGGUCGCUGUCAACGGGUGAAAGGUCAACCUGCCCAAACGUUGACCCCCGUUCAUACGACAGGACACCACUGUCACAAUCCCUGACAGAUGACAGGACACAACUGUCACAAUUGCUGACAGAUGACAGGACACCACUGUCACAAUCCCUGACAGAUAGUAAGCAGAUCUUUGUCUUCAGUACAUUACACUUCUCAUCACCAUUUAUUCAUAAAAUGUGGAGACAAUAG